AUGUAUGUAACGUGCGGGUCGGUGGUGAAGCUGCUCAAUGUAAAACACAACAUCAGAUUACACUCUCAUGAUGUCCGCUAUGGAUCUGGUAGUGGUCAGCAGUCGGUGACCGGUGUGACUGCGAUGGAGGACAGUAACAGUUACUGGAGUGUGCGGGGCACCAAUGAUGCUGCAUGUCAUCGAGGGACUCCGGUACAGUGUGGACAGAACAUCAGAUGGACCCUUGUGAACACGGGCCGCAAUCUACACAGCCACUACUUCACUUCUCUUCUUUCUUCAAAUCAGGAGGUCAGUGCCUUUGGUGAGAACGGCGAGGGUGACCAUCUGGGUCGAUGGACCGUUUUGUGUGCAGGCUCUGUUUGGCAGCGGGAUGAGUCCAUUCGGUUCCGCCACACGGCCACCGAGGCUCUGCUGUCUGUGACGGGUAAGGUAUAAUGAUAAGAUUAAACACUCAAUUUUUAGAUAAUGGCAUUCCAUUAUUGAAUUCAGAGAUGUCAUUGUUUAGCUCAGUUUAGUUUAAAUAGUAUUUGUGAAAUCAAAUU